CAACUGCGGGUGUUUGUGAAGUCGCUCCGCAAACUACAAUUCUAGGCCAUGAAUAUUGAUCGAAACAAAGUAUCAACAAAUACCUACACCUUAUCUUGCGCAGGAUAUCUUGACGAAGCCAAGAUAAGAUUUAGUUCUAGCGAGACAUCAUAUUUGAAACGACAUUUUUACCUUAAAAUAUAUUGGAGAUAUACGCACUUAUGUGAUAAAACAGUUGAUGAAGAGUUAAGUAUAGAUAAAAAAUUGAAGAUAUUUAUGUCAGUGAAACAAUGCUAGAAGUACUUGGCGGUAAAGUUUAAAACAACCUUUUAAUCCCCACAACAAUUGUGAUUGUAAAUAAUAAAACUCGAACUGAUAUAACAUUAAUCCAUUAUCACAAGUUGCUUCGUCUAAGUGCCAGUGUUGAAUCUAUAAUGAACAUUUAUGAACAAGAAAGACGAGGCAGUAGAAGUAGAACCUUAGAAAGAUCGCUAAGUUAUUCGGAAGCAAUCGGCAAUGUAUCGGGAAGAUCGUCCAUCGAUAUACCAAGAAUCAACAACACAGAUGUAUACACAAACGAAGAGAUGAAGAAACAAUACAGAAUAUCACAGACCUACGUUGAAGGUAAAGAAAUCGUUUUUCCCAUACCAUCUAAUGCGAAUAUUUUAGAUGAGCGCAACACUGAAGAUGACGAUUCCAGUGAGGACGAACAAACAGACGAAGGGAUUAUCAUGACUAUUGAUGUGGAUACGGAAAUGCCCAAGAAUUUGGACUACAGGAAUAUGUCAGAUGCGUCAACCCGACCGCUAGUGGGAUCAGACAACCAUACAUCGGAUUUGUAUGAUACUAUUGAGACUAUAGAGAGUACUUAUAUCAGCAACGAUGUCUCCUCAACAGCCCACUACUCGACUCCGUAUACUAAACGACGAAAGAAAGGCACACAUAAUAGAUUAAGGAGACAGCAUGGUAGACCCAUACGAUCCCGCCGCGUCGUUUAUAAAUCCGGAGAAGAAAAUGUACCAGUCCGGAGCAACAUCCCUGCUAAGUCUAUGAAGUACAUGCGAGAUAUAGUAAACACAGUGAUAAACAGCAAAUGGCGAUUCCUCAUUCUGCUGAUGGUUUGCGCCCAUUUCCUGUUCUGGCUGCUGUUUGCUUCUAUCUGGUAUCUCGUGGCCAACGCGUACAGGGAAGACAUCGGUGACGGCAAGGACCACUGUAUCACCGGCACCUCCUCCUUCGCUGGCCUACUUAUGAUGUCGGUAGAGACUCAAAUGACAAUUGGCUACGGAGUUCGAUAUCCAAAUGAAGAAUGCCCAGAGGCGAUUAUAGUUAUGGUGUUAGAGAUCGUAGCAGGCACAGCGCUAUCUGGCGGUCUGUCAAGUUUGCUGUUCACCAAGCUCGUACGACCGAACAGGCACAUGACUUCUGUUGGUUUCAGUAAGAAGGCUACUGUAUGCCUUCGUGAUGGUGAACUGUGUUUACAGUUCAGAGUAUGGGAUCUGCUCAAUCUUCACAUGAUCGGCAGCACCAUUACUGCCUACAUGUUGAAGCCUAUCAGGACUUUGGAAGGCGAGAUGGUACAAAAUUACAUCCAUCAGUUGAAGCUGAAGGAGGCCCGGGCGUUCCUUCUGUGGCCAGUCACUGUGGUGCAUGUCAUAGACGCCGAAAGCCCGCUGUAUGAUCUGUCGGCUCAGGAGAUGAUGGACUAUAGGUUCGAAAUCGUAGUUUGCUUGACGGGUUCAUCGAAAAGCAUGGGGACAGUCACUCAGAGCAGGACAUCAUAUCUCUCCAAGGAAAUCAACUGGGGAUACAGAUUUAAAAAUGUUAUUGAAUAUUCCAAGAAAGACGAGGCCUACGUCAUAGACACUGAGAACCUAGACACGAUGGAGCAGGUCGCGACUCCACUCUGCAGCGCCAGUCGACUCAAAGAAUUCGAAGACGACAUCAAAUACUCUGAACCUAUCUCUCCCACCAACCUGUCUGUAUCCCCCCCUCAAUCCAUCACACAAGAAGAUUCCUCCUUAUACAGAAUGGGGGAAUCCCUUCCUUCCACCCCUAGUUUCAACAGGACGGGCACACAGAGGAGUUUUGGCUGGAACUACAAGCGAUUCAAUCCAGAUAAUACCAGAAAUGAAAGGAACUUGGUAACAGACGCGCCUAAAGGAUUCGAGUUGAGCGAAGUUAAAGAGUGAUAUUUUGAUAAUAAUAAAUAAAUAAAUUACC